AUUUUAACUGUAUUUUAUAUACCGUAAAAGCUACAGAACCGAAGUUAUAUCACGUUUAUCAGCAGCACAGCGUGACUGAGAAUGACACAAUAUCUGCCUUUGAUCUCGUAGGUAUCUGUUCUACUGUCCGUCUUGGCUGCGCUUAUUUUACUCCUCCCCUUCCUGCAGCCGCUUACGUUUCAAGCGAGGCAAGGCUCAUCUCAAACAAGCUACAGACGGUCAGACCCGCUAGAUUUAAAGCAGCACAGCCAGCGAAGGAACAAGCGCACCUUCUUUAAUGUUUCGCGGUCUGUAGAGCAGUUUCUUAUAGACUUCUUAUAGACUGCAGAGCAGUUCUUAUAGACUUAUUAUCGCAAAAGGAUAAUCCUAUUUUUUAAACUGCCAAAGAAAAUGUUUUUCUCAUUUGUGCUUUGCUGUUUGUGCCUGUCUGUGUAUGCUGAUACAGAUGCAGUGAAGUCAGUGUCAGUGAUGGAGGGAGAUUCAGUCAGUCUAGAAUCCAAUAUUCCUGAAAUACAUCAAAAUUAUAUCAUAAAAUGGACAUUUGGACAUCCAGAGAAUCGUAUAGCUCAAAUCAAUAAAGAGGCUGGAAUCUUUGAAACAUACAAUGAUGUUCUUGAUGGGAGAUUCAGAGACAGACUGAAGCUGGAUCAUCAGACUGGAUCUCUGACCAUCACGAACACCACAGGCACAGACUCUGGAGAUUAUCAAAUAACCAUCAUUGGCGGGAAAAAGAUAACAUACAGAUUCAGUGUUACUGUCUAUGCUCCACUGCCUGUUCCUAUUAUUAUCAGAGAUUCUUCACAUUGUUCCUCAUCAUCAUUAUCUUCAUCAUCUUCAUCAUCUUGUUCGUUGCUGUGUUCGGCGGUGAACGUGGGUCAUGUGACUCUCUCCUGGUACAAAGGAAACAGUUUAUUGUCCAGCAUCAGUGUGUCUGAUCUCAGCAUCAGUCUCUCUCUACCUCUGGAGGUGGAACAUCAGGAUAAAAACACCUACAGCUGUGUGAUCAACAACCCCAUCAGAAACCAGACCACACAUCUGGACUUCAGUCAACUCUGUCAGCCAUGUGCAAUCCGUGGUUGUGAUUCUGCUGAAGCUGUGAUCCGAUUGGUCGUCACUGUUCUUGUGGGCUCGGCUGCUGCAGCAGCUGUUGCUGUUCUGGUUUAUGACAUCAGAAUCAGAAAAGCUGAACUGGAGACAAUACAGACGUCACACAGGCCAUGCACACACUGCAGUUAAAUCAAUUUGUCAGUUCACCUUUUGCUACUUUAUCCUGUUUUGUGCACACAGUUCAGGAUAUGACAACUGCAUGUACAAAAAUUUUAUGUGGUAUAUGGAUCUAGUCAGAAUCUUACUUCUUUGGGGCCAUGCUCAAAACUUUAGAGGGACAUGUUGAAACUAAAACAUUUGCAUAUAUUUCCUAUCAAUAAUAAUAAUAAUAAUGUACAGUAGAUAUACAAGGCUUCAGGGCUUCUUUAAACCUAAUAACAACAGCUAUCUUCUGUGAGCCAUGUUUAUGACUUCACUGGGAU